AUGUGGAGGCCACCAGUGAACUUCAUAACCUUGCAUUAUGCAUAUAUCAUCACCCUGGGAAUCCUUGGGAUUGCCGUCCUCUAUCCCUACGGUAAUCUGAGAGCAGUCGACGCAUACCUCUUCGGAGUGAGCUCCUCGACGGAGUCGGGACUGAACCCGUUUGUUGGCCCCAUUGAUCGAUCGAGGGGAAGAGGAUCGCUAACGAGAAAUGUGACGAAAUGUAGCGUGGACUUGAAGGAGCUGAAGACCUAUCAACAGCUCUUCCUAUACUUUGUUCCUAUUGUGUCCAACCCCGGCUUUGUGAAUGUCCUGGUGGUCAUUGUGCGGCUUUACUGGUUCGAGAAACACCUGAAAACGCUCGCACCUACCCUUCUUCGGCCAGACUGGCACGAGAAAGAUGCAGAGUCACACGCAAAGGUCAAUGAGGACUCAAAGGUAGAAAGGUGGGCAACCCCUUGUCGAGCAGCGCAUAUCGAUCUGUCUGACAAACUAUUCAGUGAGGCUGUCAGGAGAGGGCAGGGGAUGAUUACAAACAACGGCAUCCCAGGAGAUGACAAUACAAUCCGGAACAAACACAUUUCGUUUGCGGACGACUCGAGAGCCUUGUAUAUUCCUUCACCUCGCGAGCGGGACAGAGGUAUAACGCUGAUCAAGCUCCGUUUCCCACCAGGUACUCACAGACGCACCGGUAGUGAAGAGGCGGAAAUCGAGUCGAUCCACCGUCGCAGUGCUAGCGGUGGCACACCCUUGGAGCGAAUCGCUUCCACGAUGUCUGCGCUUGGAGCGUAUCCUUCGAGAUCCCAAGAACGACAAGUUAAAAGGACCGUCUCGCUAUCAAAAGACCCCGAGCUAACAGGACUCUCUUCACAAGCAAGCCUCGGUCGCAAUUCGCGGUUCUAUGACCUAACGACUGAAGAUAGGGAGAGGCUGGGCGGUAUAGAAUACCGCAGCCUCAGGUUGCUUCUAAAGAUAUCGCUUGGUUACUUUGUAGGGCUACAUGUGCUUGGGGUGAUCUGCCUUGUGCCUUGGAUCCAGCAUGCGGAUCCCAAGUACAGAGACUAUCUGAGGGAAUGUGGGCAAGGGAAGAUCUGGUGGGCUUUCUAUACAGCACAGACGAUGGUGGACAACUUGGGGUAUUCCCUCACCCCGGACUCGAUGAUCUCGUUUCGAGAUGCGGCAUGGCCUAUGUUCAUCAUGAGCUUCCUUGCCUAUGCCGGACACACGAUGUACCCCUGCUUUCUACGCCUCAUCAUCUGGGUGACGUUCAAGUCGGUCCCGCGAGACUCAUCGUUGAGAGAGCCACUAAGCUUCCUCUUGAAUUAUCCGCGCCGUUGUUUCACGCUGCUCUUCAGAAGCCGACCGACCUGGGUGCUCUUCGGAAUCCUAUUCGUCUUGAACUUUGUGGACGUCCUGCUUAUCGUGGUUCUCGACCUCCACAAUCCCGCCGUCAACACUCUUCCCGGUGGACAGCGUGUCCUGGCGGCGAUCUUCCAGGCUGCGUCCUCACGACAUACUGGAACGUCCUCCUUUAACCUGGCAGAUGUGAACCCGGCAGUCCAGUUCAGCUUGCUGGUCAUGAUGUACAUUUCGAUUUUCCCUAUCGCGAUCAGCAUUCGAGCUUCCAACACGUAUGAAGAAAGUGCCUUAGGACUGUAUCCUUCCGAUACCGAGAUGGACGAGGACCACGGCGUGAAUUACGUGAUGGCACAUUUGCGCAAUCAACUCAGCUUUGAUCUCUGGUAUAUCUUUCUGGGGAUUUUCUGCGUCUGUGCCACGGAGGCACGUCGGAUCAUGGAUCCAGCCGAGCCGGCCUUCAACGUGUUUGCUGUAUUUUUCGAGGUUGUUUCGGCAUAUGGCAAUGUUGGUCUUAGCCUGGGGUACCCGGGUGUAUCCACCUCCUUCUGCGGUCAAUUCAGUGUUUUUAGCAAACUCGUCCUCUGUGCCAUGAUGGUUCGAGGGCGCCAUCGCGGGCUCCCCGUUCAGCUUGAUCGUGCCAUCUUGCUUCCCGGUGAGAAACUCGUGGGGGACGACCGAGUCGAUGCUCGAUCUCACUCAGAUGACCGGCCAACGAUUUUGAAUAGCUUCCGCCGGUACCAUACUAAAUAG